AUGUUGAAGCUCUCUGGAAUCUGUGUUGCUCUUCUGGGACUUGUCGUCACUGACGGACAGACAGUGCCACCAGACCCUCGAUGUAAUGCCUUCCCAAAUGGCGAAGGGAACAUUAUGGCUGAAGGCUUGGGGUGUAAAUACUACCUCUCGUGUUUCAACUUCAUCAUCAAUCACGAGCCCAUGGCCUGUGCUGGAGAAACCAUGUUCAACCCCGACUCUGGCAUGUGUGAUGCAGAGGAAUGCACCGACAAUCGCGGUUUUUCUAAUUAUGACUGUGAAGAGGGUGCUCUACCAAAUGAUUGUUCCCGUUUCAACAUCUGUUUCAACACGGCCAACGACACCAUCACCUUCCAGUGUGGCGAGGCUACCUACUAUCACAACAUAUUGCGAGUGUGCGUCCAUCCUGACGAGUAUCCGGACCUGCCACAAGAACAGGGAUGCCUCCGGAGACUGGAAGACAAGACAAAGGAGCUUGUAGCUGAUACAGUGUUCCGCAGGGAGCGAGUGAAGGCUGUGGUAAACAGGAGUGAUGUGCUCUGA